AAGAAAAUCAGAAGGCAAUGGAUCGCUUAACGUGUCGAACCGUCGAUAACUAAAAUAAACAGAAAGGGUUUAAUGGUUUAUAAACCGUUAAAAAAAAAAAAAAGAAGAAGAAGAAAAAAAAACAGGAAUAACGAGACUCUGGCAUGGCGCGUGUAGCUUCCGGGUACAGCCCUGUAGGGCUUCACAGGUUUACACCAUCUUUUCAAAAUUCUAAGUCCCUGCAAUUCUCGGGAACCUCUUUCAGAACUCAGAGAAGAACUCACGCCCUUCGGAGGCCAGCAUGCCAGAUGAAACCUAACCCAAUUGAUCCCCCCACAUCGGAUGAGCUACUUAUUGAGCCUGGUUCAGCUAAAGAUAAAACCAGCCAAGUGACUGAAACUUCCUCAAAUACUGCUUUUCCCGAAUUCCCAAACAAAAAUAUCAAUAAGCAGAUAGCUGUGGCUUCCACACUUGCAGCAGUUGGACUUUUCUUAUCAACAAGAUUAGAUUUUGGUGUUUCUUUGAAGGACCUAUCAGCUGCUGCUGUACCUUAUGAAGAGGCUCUCUCAAAUGGGAUGCCCACUGUUGUGGAGUUUUAUGCAGAUUGGUGUGAAGUUUGUCGAGAAUUAGCUCCAGACGUCUAUAAAGUUGAGCAGCAGUACAAGGACCGUGUGAAUUUUGUUAUGCUGAAUGUUGACAACACAAAGUGGGAACAAGAGCUUGAUGAGUUUGGCGUUGAGGGAAUCCCACAUUUUGCGUUCUUAGACAGAGAGGGGAAUGAGGAAGGCAAUGUUGUAGGCCGGCUUCCAAAGAAGUAUUUGCUUGAAAAUGUGGAUGCUCUUGCCCGAGGUGAAGCUUCAGUACCUCAUGCCCGGGUUGUUGGACAGUACUCAAGUGCCGAAUCUAGGAAGGUGCAUCGGGUUGUUGAUCCUAGAAGCCAUGGCUAGAGCCUAGAUGUAUUCAUUUAUAUGUAUGAUCCUAGAGCCUAGAUGUAUUCAUUUAUAUGUAUGAUCCUAUUCUUACAUGUAUUCAUGUACAUGUGCAUGUAUGGAGCCCUUUGGUACAAAAGUUACCUCUAUGAGGUAUGAUCCCAUUUUUCUCAUAUAUAUCCGUGUACAUGCACUUUUUUUUUGGAACCCUAUGGAACAAUUCAUUAAUUUGCAUGCUGCUAACUAAUUUUUGGGAAGAAUUUCUUGGAUCUGGUCACCUUGGAAUU